AUGGUUAAACAGGUUGUUAUCUUGGGCGCUGGAUACGCCGGCCUCGGAAUCGCCCACAAGCUCCUCAAAUACACCCAGCCCAAGGUCAAGGAGCUUAAGGUCAUCCUCGUGUCUCCCUCGACCCACCUGUACUGGAACUGCGCCGCCGUGCGGGGCCUGAUUCCCGGCGAGUUCUCUGAUGACACCCUCUUCAACCAGAUCAAGCCCGGAUUCGACAAGUAUCCCCAGGACGCUUUUGAGUUCGUCCUUGGCAAGGCCACCGGUAUUGACACCACUGCCAACACUGUCCAGGUAGAGACCAACGAAGGCCUUAAGUCCAUUGAGUACGCCGAGCUCGUCAUUGCUACCGGGUCCUCCCUUGCUAGCGGCCUUCCCUUCAAGACCAUCGGCACCCAUGAGGAGACCUUGGCCGCCCUGCACAGCCUGCAAUCCGAGGUCAAGGCUGCCAACUCCAUCAUCAUUUCCGGUGCCGGUACCACAGGUGUCGAGACUGCCGGCGAGCUUGGCUACGCGUACGGCUCCACCAAGCAAAUCACCCUCGUCGUCGAAGGCGAUGCGCCCCUCCCUGGCCUGCUCCCCAAGCUCGGCAAGGUCGCCGCUUCCAGCCUGCAGUCGCUCAAGGUGAAGCUCGUCACCAACGCCCGUGUCACUGAGGCCGACACCUCCGGCUCCCUCAAGUCCAUCAAGCUCUCCAACGGCGAGACCCUGACCGCUGACCUGUACCUGCCCCUCUUCGGUGUCCGUCCCAACACCUCCUUUAUCCCAGAGCACCUGCUCGACGAGCGGGGUAACCUGAAGCUCAAGCACGACCUCCGCGUCGAGGGACUCAAGAACGUCUGGUGCGCUGGCGAUGCCGGUAACCUCGAGGCCAAGCAGCUCAUGCGCGCCGAGGGCCAGGCACUCCACCUCGCCGACAACCUCGACGCGGUCCUCACCGGCCAAGAGGCCAAGGUCAAGGACCUCAAGCUGACGACCAAGCCCCAGGUCUUUGUCACUAUCGGCAAGAAGAAGGGCACCGGUCAGUUCAACACGAUGAAGCUGCCCGGCUUCAUCGUCAGUGCGGCCAAGGCCAAGACCUUCUUCACCGAGAAGGGUCCUGGUCUGGUCGCCGGCAAGAACAUUGCCAGGGCAUCAAUCUAG